CAUUUCAGUUCAGAUCGUCAUCCCGACAGCUAGACUCGAAAGACUCGUAAAAAACAAUGGCCAACGCAAUCCGCCUAGUUUCCCUGAUGGCUGUCCUUGCAUGCCUCGUGUCCAUUGGGUGCGCUCAGCAUGAUGAGGAAGAGAAACGUCGUUUGGUUUAUAUCUACACUAAUCCUGAUGUGGACCAAGCCACAAAGGAGACCAAUCUGGGGAGCCUUGCUAAGUUCUAUGAGGACCAUUCCAAUAGUCUUCAACUGCCCGAAGAUCAAAAGCAGCGCAACGAUGAACUUUUGGAGAAGCACAAGCGUAUAAAUAGUUCUGAAGUGCUCAUCGAUGGAGUUCCAGCCAACGGUGGCUGGAAAUCGUCUCUUCUUAGGCACAUAGUGGUGGAGGGAGCCAUUCAAGCCGUGGGCGCAGCGGUCGAACAUGCCAGGUCGUCCUCAAAGGGACUGGAAAUCAACCGAGAGGUCGCCAUUUUCGGUCUAGUUUUCCUCGUCGCCAGCUAUAUGUUUAGGACUAAAUCAAUGUAAUCCUCUGAACUUAUUGUUCCAAAAAUAUUAUAAUAAAUACCGAACAUGCAUAUAAAAACUA